AUGUCAACAGUAGUCACUAAGCAGCUGUUGAAACCUAAGUUGGACCGUCGCCAGUACCGGGUGCUUCGUUUGCGAAACGGCUUGGAGGUGUUACUUGUUUAUGACCUGAACGCAACCCAGGCCAGCGCUUCGCUAAAUGUCGGGGUAGGAAGACUCGAUGAUGACAAGGACGUACUGGGGAUGGCGCAUCUUACACAGAAGAACGGGUUUAAAACAUAUGUCGCUGCCCACUCAGGCCGCUCAAAUAGUUUCACCUCAGCAACCGAGACCACUUUUCACUUCCAAGUCGCUGCCACUGCGUCUGGUAACAGCGCGCCGUUGCCUCAGGGGUCUCCGUUAUACGGCGCUUUGUGCCGGUUCGUAAAGACCUUUACUGCGCCCUUAUUUCUGGAGUCUACACUAGACGCAGCGGUGAAAGCAAUUGAUUUACAAUACAAGACGAAUUUCCGGGAAGACGCGCACAGAAGACUGCAACUGCAAAAGUCGCUCUCAAACCCUGACCAUCCAUAUUGCCGUUUCUCGUUAGGGAAUUUGGAGACAUUGCGCGACAAUCCGCAGGCAUGUAGUAUCGAUGUGCAAGGCAAGGUAAUGGAGUUUUAUAAAUCACAUUAUUCUGCCAAUCGCAUGAAACUCGUUGUUCUGGGACCCAAUUCAUUGAAUCAGCUUGAGGAAUGGGUUAUUGAUUUAUUUUCAAGGAUCCAGAACAAGAAUGUGGUGCAAAAACGAUGGGAUAGCGUACCACUCUUUUCAGAGGAUCAGCUUGGCAUGCAGGUGUUUGUCGAAUCCGUCAAGGCAAAUUACUUGCUAUACAUACAUUUUCCAUUCUUGGACGAGGAGGACCUUUACGAGACUCUCCCUAGCCGAUAUAUCAGCCACUUAAUCAGCAAUAAAGGUUCUGGUAGUAUCUUAUCCUGGCUAACCGCAAAAGGCUGGGCGACUGACCUCUCGGCUUACCCGAAACAUGUGUGUCCCGGAUCUGCCUACUAUCAGAUUUCUGUAACACUUACGGAGAGCGGCUGUGCGUCCUAUAAAGAAAUCAUCAAAGUGAUUUUUCAGUAUAUCGGUAUUAUCAAAGAGAGACCACCCCAAGAGUGGGUUUUUAACGAAGUCAAGAACCUCACCCAGAACAGGUUCCAAUUCGGGCCAGAAGAACAUCCUGCCAAAUUCACGAACCGCCUCAGCAGUGUAAUGCAGACCCCCAUACCGCGAGGGUCGCUUCUAAGUCACUUCGUGCCAAUAAAGUUUGAUGCUGCUUUGAUUACUCGAGCGCUGACCUAUCUCCAUUGUGAUAAGUUCAGACUCAUGCUUUUCUCGCGUCCAUUCGCCGGCGACUAUGACUCAGAAGAGAAGUGGUAUCAAACAAAGUACAAGGUGGAGGAGAUCCGUCAAGAUUUUCGGUAA